CUGCCCGCCCCCUUCUUCUUAAAGGCAACAGUGAAGGGAGGGCAGCGCAGUCCUGCAGUCCUCUCUCUGCCUCUGGAUUAGUCACAGCCCGGGUGAUACCGUUUCUCUCCUCUGCAGCUCCCGGGAGGUGAAAGAAACCUGGUUAGAAGCCCUCCAAGGAAGCCGCCGAGGUCACUCGGGAGUGAAAUUCACCUCUGGGCAGCCAGCCCAGGUUCUAAUGAAGUUACUAAGUAGCCGUAAUGCGUCAAAAACACUAAAUGCCAGUGACAUGGAGACAUUCAUCCAGUGCCAAUCUGAGGGUGAUAUCAAGAAGCACCCUCUCUUGGUGCCCAGUGAGAGUGAAGACAGCCUCUGUCAGCUCAUUGAAAUUAAGAAAAGGAAGAAAGUGUUGUCCUGGCCUUUUCUCAUGAAAAAGCUUUCUUCAUCAUCAGAUUUCCCAGGGGCUUCAGAAUCCAACUUGAAAGCGUCGCUGUUUGAUCAGCCCCUGUCAGCUAUCUGCAGGGGCGAGAACACGCUUCCCAAGUCCAUCCAGGACAUCCUCACUGUUCUGUGCCUGAAAGGCCCAUCCACCGAAGGAAUAUUCAGGAAAGCAGCUAGCGAGAAAGCACGGAAAGAGCUGAAGGAAGAACUCAACUCUGGAGCCGCAGUGGAUCUGAAGAGUCUGCCGGUGCACCUCCUGGCCGCGGUCUUCAAGGACUUCCUCAGAAGCAUCCCACAGAAGCUGCUGUCAUGUGACCUGUUUGAGGAAUGGAUGGAGGCUCUGGAGAAGCAGAACGAGGAGGACAGGAUUGAGGCCCUGAAACUGGUGGCCGAGAAGCUGCCGGCACUCAACCUUCUGCUGCUCAAGCACCUGGUCUCCGUGCUUUACCUCAUCAGCAAGAACUCGGACACCAGCAAGAUGGAUGCCAGCAACCUCGCCAUCUGCAUUGGCCCCAGUGUGCUGGCCCGGGUGCAGGACCGCGGCCUGUCCCUGCAGGCCCAGAAAGACCUGAACAGCAAGGUUAAGACACUGGUGGAAUUUCUGAUUGAAAACUGCCUUGAAAUCUUUGGAGAGAACAUUCCAACACAUCCUAGCACUGCUUCUGAUGACUCACUGGAGCACACAGACAGUUCAGAUUUGUCCACCCUGCAGAACGACUCAGCCUACGACAGCAACGACCCAGAUGCAGAGCCCAGCAGUGCUGUUAGUUCUCUGAACAGGCCCUUGGAGACACCCAGCCUGGAGCCGCGGGGCCCACAGCAGGCCUGGGAGUCGAGCCGGGAGCCACUUCUGAACACAGUGGCCAAGCUGAGGGGCACCCUCGGUAAGCCAGACAGGAGCUACUCAGAGCCCAGCAUGUUCCUGUCCCAGGACAGACCGGACAGCCCCCCGCUCAUGGGGCGUCAAGGACACUUCAGCGUGGCCCUGGAGACAAGUUCCACUUCUGAAAACAAAGACUCUGAGGACCCCUUCCCAGAGGAGGAGUUCCCCACCACUGAGGGCAAGAGCUCAAGGCCCCGGGACCUGAGGCUGAAGAGCCUGACAGGAGGCUCGGCCCUCAAAGCCAUGUCCAGUGGCUCUCUGGACGCCUCCUCGGAUGGCUCUCCGGGGCCUUCUCCCUCCAGCCCCCAAGGGAGUUUCUUCAGCCGCCAUCAGUCUUUCACCAAGACGGAGAAGACCAAACCCAGCCGAGAGAUCAGAAAGCACUCCCUGUCGUUCUCCUUCACCUCCCACCAGAGGGUGCUGGCCAAAACAUCCAGCGUGGGGUCCGUAGGAGUCCAAGGCCUCCCCAGAGACCAGGGCAAGAAGGGACUGGAGAGAGGAAGCCAGCUCUCUGGCCGCAUCGUACGGGAAAACCAGUGUGAUGUGCCCAGCCCUGUGGAGAGAAGCUUUGCCUGCAGGCCCCAGGCCCUCUCAGUGGAGGACGUUUUCCGUUUUGUAGACCAGAGGAGCCCCGGAAGUCCGCCGUCUUACCAAGAGGCCAUCCUGUGCCCCACAGCCUACGGCAGCCAGACAGUGGACAGCAUGAGAGCCCGGGUGCUCAGCCUGGGCACCCUAGCCGCCCACCACGGAGGGAGCGAUUCGAGACACCUGUGCCGCCAAGACUCGCCCAAUGGGCGCAGCUUAGGGCACAGGACUGAGGGCUGGCAUCUGAGCAGGACUGUCUGUGCUUCUGGGAAAGCAAAGGGACACAUGGCUGUCGUCCUCAGGCCUGAGCUGCAGCAGCUCCCAACGGGUUCCGAGUCCAAGCAGAAGACUAAGAGGGGUUACCUGGUGAGCAGGUGCAGUCACCCCGUCUUUGAGGCUGAGCAGCUCCAAUAUGCCAAAGAGUCCUACAUUUAGGAAGCAGGCCCAGCCGGUGGGCUCUCUGCACGGCUCUGCGGAACGCUGCUUUCCGACUCUUGUUCCCCUGCCCACCCCCACCCCCC